GAUCGUUUGUUGCUGUGAACAUAUUUUCAUCAUGGAAGUGGCAUUACCAGCUUCUGCCAUAGGCUUUGAAGGUUAUGAGAAGAGGCUUGAAAUUUCAUUUGUUGAACCUGGCCUUUUUGCUGAUCCUGAAGGAAAAGGACUUCGAUCACUGUCAAAAGCACAAUUGGAUGAGAUUCUAGGACCUGCUGAGUGCACCAUAGUUGAUUCUCUUUCUAAUGAGUGUGUUGACUCCUAUGUCCUCUCUGAGUCGAGCCUUUUCAUUUAUUCUUACAAGAUAAUCAUCAAGACCUGUGGUACCACAAAAUUGCUUCUCUCAAUUCCUGCCAUCCUGAAGUUGGCUGAUACCCUUUCACUUGAAGUACAAGCUGUGAAGUAUACCCGUGGGAGUUUCAUUUUCCCUGGGGCUCAGUCGUUUCCUCAUCGUCACUUCUCUGAAGAAGUUGCUGUUCUUGAUAGCUACUUUGGAAAGCUUACUUCAGGCAGCAAAGCUGUGAUUUUGGGCAGUCCUGAUAAACUUCAAAAAUGGCAUGUUUACUCUGCCUCGGCUGGACCUACUCAGUCUAAGAACCCUGUGUACACUCUUGAGAUGUGCAUGACUAGUUUGGAUAGGGAGAAGGCUUCUAUAUUUUACAAGACCGAAUCUAGCUCGGCAGCUCAAAUGACUAUUAGAUCCGGCAUAAGGAAGAUCCUUCCCAACUCUGAUAUAUGCGAUUUUGAGUUUGAUCCUUGUGGUUACUCCAUGAAUUCUAUUGAAGGAGCUGCACUUUCUACUAUUCAUGUUACACCUGAAGAUGGUUUUAGUUAUGCUAGCUUUGAAGCAGUUGGAUAUGAUUUUAAAUCCUCGAGUCUGGGGUCGCUGGUUAAGAGGGUGCUGGCAUGUUUCCAGCCUGAUGAAUUUUCUAUUGCUUUGCAUGCUGAUGUUGCUCUUGAGCUACUGAAGCAUACAUGCUCUCUUGAUGUUAAGGGCUACUCUCUUGCUGAGUGGAGCCCAGAAGAACUUGGUAAGAGUGGUUCUAUUGUCUACCAGAAGUUUGCUAGGAGUUCCUUCUGUGGGUCUCCAAAGUCUGUUCUGCAGAACUGCUGGAAAGAGGAAGAGAAAGAAGAAAAGGAGUGGUGUUGAGGGUCUUUUAGUUCAAUUACCGGUGUCGUUUCUGGAUGUUUUCUGGUGUUUAGUUGUGGUGUUGAUCCUUGUUUUUCCAAACAAUGGACUUUAUGUCCUGGUUUUCUGUCGUUGAAUUAGUAAUGAGAAUUGUGCUAAGUUUGGCUUUUUGGUUCUCUACUAGAAGCCCUAUUGCUUGUAUUUUGGAUUAUUACCUCAUUUGAUUGUUCUGAGUCCACCUACUUAAAAAUGUGAUUUUUGUUCUUUA